CUCGAGGCCUCCUUAACUCCCCACUGCCCACUGGACUUCCGCUCUUCUGCUUUUCGUGCUCUCUGUGAAUUGCCACGGUCUCCUGUUUCGCGAACCGCCAUGGCCAACAAUCCCUCACAGCUGCUCCCCUCUGAGCUGAUUGAUAGGUGCAUAGGUUCCAAGAUAUGGGUGAUAAUGAAAGGGGACAAGGAGCUUGUGGGCACUCUCCGGGGCUUCGAUGUCUACGUUAACAUGGUCCUCGAAGACGUCACUGAAUAUGAAAUCACUUCAGAGGGGCGGCGUAUAACUAAGCUUGACCAGAUAUUGCUCAAUGGAAACAACAUUGCCAUCCUGGUUCCUGGUGGUUCGCCUGAUCCGGAAUGAGAGCUUUGGUGAGGGCAACUCUGUAAUGUGAUUGAGGGCAGAACCCCUUCUCGGUUUUAUUGAGAAGUUGAGCGAAUUCACGGUGGCCCUCCCGAAUGUACUAUCUAGUUUUAUGGUAUUUGAUGCAGCUCUUGUACCCUACUUUUGUGGUUGUUUUAUUCAAGUCUGGAUGUUAUUGUUAAGACAAGCGCUCUUGGUCAUCUUUUGACGCUGCUAUGAACACUCUUUGUCUUAAGCAAAUCUUAGACAGGUUUUGAAAUUUGGAGGAGAAAAUGGAUCGAUAUCUGUUUAUGCGCUUUUAGUUUGGCGGUCGAAUAUGCUUUAUGCAGUAGUCAUGUAUAUUGCUUCUGCAACAAUCGAACUCUGAUGUCAAUCCUAAAGGACGUAAGG